CCGCCGCCGCCUCGGAGCCACUGCGCUGCAGACACAGGCCGCACCAUGAAGCCGGCCCUCUUACCCUGGGUCCUGCUGCUGCUGGCGACAGCCCCUGGCCCAGGCCCUGGGCCCACAGCAGAUGCCCAGGAGAGCUGCUCCAUGCGCUGUGGGUCCCUGACCGGGCCAUGUUCCUGCCACCCAACCUGCUCUGGCCUCGGCACCUGCUGCUCAGACUUCCAUGACUUCUGCCUGGAGAUCUCGCCCUACUCGGGCUCCAUCAUGGGCGGCAAGGACUUUGUGGUGCAGCACUUCAAGACGUUCAGCCCCACAGACGGGGUGAUCUGCAGGUUUAAGGAGAGCAUCCAGACACUCGGUCACGUGGACUCCUCUGGGCAGGUGCACUGCGUGUCGCCCCUGCUCUAUGAGAGUGGCCGCAUCCCCUUCACCAUUUCGCUGGACAAUGGCCGUUCCUUCCCUCGCUCAGGCACCUGGCUGGCUGUGCACCCCAACAAAGUGUCGAUGACAGAGAAGAGCCAUUUGGUGAACGAGACAUACUGGCAGUAUUAUGGCACCUCCAAUGCCACCGGCAACCUCAGCCUGACCUGGCUUCCAGAAGCACUGCCCACCCAGGCUGUCACCAUCGAGCUGUGGGGCUAUGAGGAGAUAGGGAAGCCAUACUCAGAGGAGUGGACAGCAAAGUGGUCAUACUUGUACCCCCUGGCCACAAACAUCCCCAACUCUGGCUUCUUCACCUUCACUCCAAAGCCUGCUCCUGCCGACUACCAGGGAUGGAGAGUGGGUGCACUUCGGAUCAUCGACAGCAAGAACUACGCUGGAAAGAAGGAUGUGCAGGCACUCUGGACCAACGACCACGCGCUGGCCUGGCAUCUGGGUGAUGACUUCCGGGCAGACCCCAUGGGCUGGGCCAGCACGCAGUGCCAGGCCUGGGAGGACCUGGAGAACCAGCUGCCCAAAUUCCUGGACGAGCUGCCUGACUGCCCCUGCACCCUGGAGCAGGCCCGGGCCGACUCUGGCCGCUUCCAUACGGACUAUGGCUGUGACAUGGAGCAGGGCAGCGUGUGCACCUACCACCCGGGGGCCAUACACUGUGUGCGCUCCGUGCAGGCCAGCCCCCGAUAUGGCUCGGGCCAGCAGUGCUGCUACACAGAAGACGGCACGCAGCUCCUGACGGCUGACUCGAGCAGCGGCAGCACCCCGGACCGCGGCCAUGACUGGGGCGCACCCCCAUUCCGCACGCCUCCCCGCGUGCCCGGCAUGUCACACUGGCUCUACGAUGUGCUCAGCUUCUAUUACUGCUGCCUCUGGGCAUCCAACUGCUCCCGCUACAUGGAGCUGCGGCCCUCCAGUGACUGCCGCAACUACCAGCCCUCGCGCCUGGCUUCUGCCUUUGGAGACCCGCACUUUGUGACCUUCGAUGGCACCAGCUUCACGUUCAAUGGGCGUGGCGAGUAUGUGCUGCUAGAGGCAGCGCUGACUGACCUGAGGGUGCAGGCUCGGGCCCAGCCUGGGACAAUGCCCGAUGGCACGCAGAUGCGAGGCACAGGGCUGACUGCGGUGGCCAUCCAGGAGGGCAAUUCAGAUGUGGUGGAAGUCCGACUGGCCAACAAGACAGAGGAGCUAGAGGUGCUGCUGAACCAGCAGGUGCUCAGCUUUGCCGAGCAGAGCUGGAUGGACCUGAAGGGUAUGUUUCUGUCAGUGCCUGCCAGUGACAGGGUGUCUGUCAUGCUGGCAUCGGGGGCUGGCAUGGAGGUCAGCGUGCAGGGCCCAUUCCUGAGUGUGUCCGUCCUGCUGCCUGAUAAGUUCCUCACCCACACCCGUGGCCUCCUUGGGACUCUCAACAAUGACCCCACAGACGACUUCACCCUCCGCAGUGGGCAGGUCUUGUCCCCCAGCACCAGUCCCCGGGAGCUGUUCCAGUUUGGAGCUGACUGGGCAGUGCACAACGCAUCCUCCCUGCUCACCUACGACUCCUGGUUCCUGGUCCACAACUUCCUGUACCAACCCAAGCAUGACCCCACAUUUGAACCCCUCUUCCCUGGCGAGACCACCCUCAGCCCCAGCCAGGCACAAGAAGCUGCCAAGUUAUGUGGGGACGAUCAUUUCUGCAAUUUUGACGUGAUGGCUACUGGCAGCCUGAGCAUGGGUAACACCACACGGGUGGCUCACCAGCUGCACCAGCAUCGUGUGCAAAGCCUGCAGCCAGUGGUGUCCUGCGGCCGACUGGGCCCCCCUUCCAAUGGACAAAAGGAGGGCAACAGGUACUUGAUGGACUCCAUCGUCAGCUUCCACUGCAAUGAUGGUUACAGCCUGGAGGGGGCAGGGAUCAGCACCUGCCAAGCCGACGGCACCUGGUCCACGCCCACCCCAAGGUGCCAGCCAGGGCGGAGCUACGCGGUGCUGCUGGGCAUCAUCUUCGGAGGCCUUGCGGUGGUAGCUGCGGUCAUGCUUGCCUACGUGCUCCUGCGCCACAGAAAGGGCAACAUACACGUCUGGGGCUCACAGCCCUGACAGGAGCCACUCAGCCAGCAGCACCAGGCCAAGGCCCUGCCUCCCAGAAGACAGCCUGGAUCCCCGAGGACAUGCACCCCAGUCCUGCGACCUCUGCAUCCUUAGGACCAGACAGUGGGGAUAUGGACACCUGAUACUUGGGCCUUUGAUGCCAGACUCUGUCAUCUCAGCCCCGAGGCAGAAGGCUGGUGUUCUGAUGCCCCAGCCCCUACUGUCAGUGCUCCAUGUUGUUCCC